CUGGAGCCCUGGAGGCCAGGCCCGGCCGCUCCCGGCCCCAGGGGGCACAUCAGCCCCGCGUCCUGUCCCAGCCACGGGGCUUGGGAAGCUGCCGCCAUCACUGCCCAGGACGUCCGGGACUCUCACCUUCCCCCCAGGCCUCCAGCCAUCUGGUCGACUGGCAGACUGACCGCCAUGCGCCUGCAUUGGGCCGCCUCUCCCCGCGGCCUGGCCUGGGGGCCACUGGCGCUGGGCCUCUACGGGCUCCUGGCAGCAUCCCAGCCCCAGCUGGUGCCCCCAUACCGCUCCGAGAACCAAACCUGCUGGGACAAGGAGAAGAAGUACUACGAGCCCAAGCAUCGGGUCUGCUGCUCCCGCUGCCCCCCAGGCACCUAUGUCUCAGCUGAGUGUAGCCGCAGCCAGGACACAGUUUGCACCACAUGCGCCGAAAAUUCUUACAAUGAGUACUGGAACCACCUCCCCACCUGCCAGCUGUGCCGCCGCUGUGACCCAGUGAUGGGCUUCAGGGAGAUCGCGCCUUGCACUAACAAACAGAAAACCCAGUGCCACUGCCAGCCAGGAAUGUUCUGCGCCUCUUGGGCCAUUGAGUGUGAGCACUGUGAGCCACUUUCUGACUGCCCGCCUGGCACCGAAGUGGAGGUCAAAGAUGAAGCUGGGGAGGCUAACAACAACUGCAUCCCCUGCAAGGCAGGGCACUUCCAGAACACCUCCUCCCCCACCGCCCGCUGCCAGCCCCACACCAGGUGUGAGGACCAGGGCCUGGUGGAGGCAGCUCCAGGCACCGCCCAGUCUGACACAAGCUGCAGAAACCAAUCAGAUCUGCUGCCAACUGAGAUGCCAGGAACUGUGUUGAUGCCGGUCAUCCUGCUGCCACUGCUCUCCUUUCUGCUCCUCGCCACCAUUUUUGCCUGGAAGAGCCACCCCUCUCUCUGCAGAAAGCUGGGAUUCCUGCUCAAGCGGCGUCCAGAGGGAGAGGAAUCAAAUGCAGUUGCUGCAAGCUGGCAGCCUCCGAUGGCCAACCCGCAUUUCCCUGACCUGGUAGUGCCACUUCUGCCCAUCUCCAGAGACACGUCCCCAGCCUCUGCCAGGCUCCCGGCGACCCUAGAUUUGGAGGACGAGGUGCUACAACAGCAGAGUCCUGUGGGCCAGACCAGGGAGCUGGAGCCCGAGCCUGGGGAACAGGGCCAGGUGGCCCACGGUACCAAUGGCAUUCAUGUCACUGGUGGAUCUGUGACUGUCACUGGCAACAUCUACAUCUACAAUGGGCCAGUACUAGGGGGAGCACAGGGCCUUGGAGACCCCCCAGCUCCCCCAGAGCCUUCAUACCCCAUUCCUGAGGAAGGUGCCCCUGACCCUCCUGGGCUCUCUACACCCUACCAGGAAGAUGGCAAAGCUUGGCACCUGGCUGAGACAGAGACACUGGGGCGCUCCCCCUGCUAACAGAGGCCCAAGGAGCCAGUUCGUCACCCAUGACUGAUGGUGUCUGGGGAAAGCAAGGAGAAGGGCGGCAGAGAGCACCCUCUCCCCUGAGGCCGCCCCACCCACACAGGAUUCACAGGGCCUGGGUAGGGCCCUGAGAGGCAGAGCCCUAAAGGACAGGACCUCAGACACCUCUCUGAGAGCAGGACUGGGCACCGGCUGGGUACAGUGCCCUCCACAGGACUCUCGCCACUGCCUGGGCAAGCCAGAGACCUUAUUCCAGACCCACCUGCCCACUGGGGCUGCGCCAGCUCAGCCUCAGGCACGGACAGGGCAUACGAUGCUAACUGUGGCCCACCAUGGCACUCUGUACCCUAAGCAUGGCACAGAAGGGAGCCAGCUACACAGUCACUUGCAAGAACAUCACCAGGACUUCUGAAGGAUUCGAGGUGCUCAUCCCCAAGCUUCAGAGACCCUUUGAGGGUCCACACUUCACACAGACUGAGGUAGACCCUAUAUGAAGACGAAGUGAUAUGGAGAACAUCUCUCUCCUCACCUCCUAGAGGAGAGCGAAGGGAGGCGAUACAAGCUGGGGGGCUGGGGAGGGUUACAAGUAUGGGGAGAGUUCUAGAAGGGGAGGAAAAUGGUGAGUGUAUUUAUAACUUGUAACCACAUGCAAAUAAAGAGGAGAUUGAGACCAA